AUGGCAUACUCUUCCACGCCACAGCCCAACCUAGAUGGGCUGGGCAUCUUCUGGAUCAUCUGGACCUUCAUCUGGACUUUUAUCGUCGCAGGAGGCAUGAUCUUCCUCUGGCGCCGUCGCGACAUGCCCAUGCUCCGAAUUCGAGACCUUCCGCUUUCUUUCGUCGCUAUUAUAAUGCUCCACCUCUACUGGGGCGCCGUCCAGACCGGUUACGUUUAUUUCCCGCUGUUUACUCCUGAGGGAGAAUAUUGGAUCAUGGGCUUGUACUUUCCUUUCGGUAUCGCACUGUUUCAUGCGAGCAAUAGUCGCUUUUUGCAUGUUGCGAAACAGCAGAAGGAGUUGUUUGCGCCGGAUGAGAAGACUGAGACGAAAACUCGCGCCAGGCCGGGGAGUUUAUUGGGACGCUUUCAACGAUUGGAUUAUACCAGGAAGAUUCUUGUCACAAUUGGUGCGGGCAUGGCUAUUCAGCUUAUCCUUACUAUCAUCAUGUGGUGCAUCUCCAAAAAGUUCCAUCACAGCUGGGGUGUCGCAGGCACAGAAGUCCAUCCCGGCACCAAGGAAUACGAAAAGUCUCAGAUGGGUAAGGGCUGGGAAUGGUGGCCUUCUGUAUUCUGGCAAUUCGUCUGGGCAUGGAUCGUCGCCCCUUACAUCCUCUGGCAAGCCCGCCAUGUCAACGACACCCAGGGAUGGCGCACCCAAACCAUCGCCUGCUGCAUCGCCAAUCUUCAUGCAACCCCUAUGUGGCUCGUCGCCUUGUACGUGCCAGCCAUGGAACCCGUCAACGCAUACUGGAUUCCUCCUCAAUGGCUCGCCAUUUCCAUCAUGGCUAUUGAGAUCUUUACUAUCUUCUGGCCCUGCUGGGAAGUCAUCCAGCACAACACCCUCCGCCAAGAAACUCUUGACUCCAUUGCUAAAUGGCAGCUCAACAAAAAGGCUGUCACCCAUGGUGCUCGCUCCGUCGCAACAGGGUCCACAACCGUCGCUGCCUCCGCCCUUACAUCCUGGUCCAAAGACGGCUCCGUGAAGAGCAGCGGUGGUGAAAGUAUCCUCACCAUGGAAGCACUCGAGCAUGUCCUCGAGCGCAACCCCGAACCUCUCCAGCAAUUCUCCGCUCUUCGCGAUUUCUCUGGUGAGAACAUUGCGUUCUUGAGAGCUGUCGCUGAGUGGAAGUCUUCUCUUCCUCCUUCUGUUCGCGAUCCUGAGAAGAUCAAGGAACCUGCUGUGCAAGAACUUGUUCGCGAGCGAUUCAACAGUGCUCUGCGCAUUUAUACCGGCUACAUUAGCUCGCGCGACGCUGAGUUUCAGAUCAAUUUGUCGUCCCAACAGCAGCGCAAGCUUGAAACUGUUUUUGAGAACUCUGCGCGCAUUCUUUUCGGAGAGAAGGGCAGUGUUGAUCCAGCCCUACCAUUCGAGACAUUCCAGAUGACCACCACCGCCAACAAAGUCAAGUCCUCCGGCGCAUCAUCGCAUGGAUCCGAAACAGGUAUCAUGGGGGCAGAUCUCGCCAACGACUCUGGAAGUCAGAGCGAUAAGGCUCUUUACUGGGGUGACAUCCCCGAAGGCUUUGACGCGACCAUCUUUGACGACUCUGAGGGUCAUAUUAAAUAUCUUGUGUUGACUAACACUUGGCCCAAGUUCGUCAAGGACCGAAGAUGUUCUCUUGACUCCAAUGAUACCCUUGAGGCUGGCAAUGGAAUUCCUGCUGGUCGAUAA